CAGGACUGGUCAGUCUAACAGAGCCGCCUCUAGACAGCAUGACUCUUUACCUUUGUCUCCCUCUGCUGGUUGUGCUCCUGCAGCCUGCAGUCUGUCUCUACAACUGCUCCUCUGAGUAUGAGAGGACCCCAGUAAACUCAGACCUGACAGUUGACUGUGGCACCAGUUUGAUCACUCUGGAGAUCAACCUGUGCACGGCUCAGUGGGCAGGUUUCAACACCACAGACCUGGCUCUGAAUGGGAAACACAACAAUUCGGAGUGCCGGGGCUCUGUCGACACCAGUGUGGAUCCUCCUAUCAUCCGUUACCAGCUUCCUGUUAACCACAGUCUGGAUAACCCCUGUCGCCAUUCCCUGCAGAUUGUGGAUGAGAUCCCGGAUCCCACGGGUCCCUUCAGCAGCUUCCUGAGUAUCCAGUCAGUUAUCAUCACAGGGUACAUUGACACACCCAGAUCUGACCAGGGGGUGAUCAGCUACUCCACAGACCUCUACUAUCACUUCUCCUGCCGCUACCCACUGGAGUACCUGAUCAACAACACACAGAUUGUGGCCUCCUCAGUCUCAGUGGCGACCAGCGAUAAUAAUGGAACCUUUAUUGAUACAUUAAAAAUGGCGGUUUUUAAUGAUUCUGAUUAUGGCUAUCCAUUAGUGGUACCUUCAACAGGACUUGAGCUACGAACCAGGAUCUAUGUGGAGGUUAAGGCUGUUAACCUCACAGGAAAUUUCCAUGUACUGCUGGAUCACUGCUUUAGUACUCCCACUCCUUACAACAUGUCGCACAGUGAGCAGCACAACUUCUUCACCGGGUGUUCAGUGGAACAAAGGACGUCUGUGAUAAGCAAUGGCCUCUCCAAGGUUGCCCAGUUCAACUUUGAGGCCUUCCGCUUUGUUCAGCACCGUGACCAGCCAAAGUCCAGCAUCUACCUGCACUGCAUACUGAGACUCUGUGAGCCCAGCAAAUGUCAAGAGCUGCUGUCUGGCUGUAAUACCAGAAGAAAAAGAUCUCUGACUCCCUUUGGAGGAGAAAGCAGAGAAUCAGCCACUGUUUCAGUCGGACCUCUUUACACUGCUCGACAAGACAGGCCCUAUGCAGCCGCCUACAAAUAUGGGGAGAUCUGGUCAACCCCGAAAGUAAUCUUAAUUAUUCUCCCCCUGUGUGCAUCAGGUAAUGACAUGCCAUCAGGGAAGGAUGAUGUGAAUGUGACGGGCCUGGUGGUGGGGGUGGUGUUUGGCUCGGCUGCUGCUGCCUUGCUGGUUCUGGGUGGCUGGUUCGUCCUGAAGAAAUUUUAUUGGAUGGGAGCAUUACCUCAUGCCUUUGACUGAGAGAUCCACCGGCAACCUGUCUUUGCCUUGUCGCCUGAUACCUCAUAAUAUCCUCAUAAAAUCAGAUAAUGUUGUGAUUUUUCAGUAAUAACCAAAUGUUCUUGUCAGGUGACCAUGGAAACGAAGCAAAUAACCUUUUCUGUCUAUAUUUACUGCGGCUGCAUUCAAUAGCCAUUUACUGGUAAUGGAGGAACAGUCAGGCUUGAACAAUGUGUGAUAAACAAACAUUAACUAAAGAAGCAAUUAUGAACAGAGUAAUUUUAAAAUUUUAUAAUAUUAUAUAAUAUUUUAUUAAGUAUAACUUUGCUUUGAUAAUGCCUGAGAGUCUACCUGUUCAAUAUUUCUACAAUUUUAUAGGUGUCUUUGGGUGCCUUGUACAGAAUCUCAAUUGCAUUGCUUAAAACAUACUUUUGAGCAAAUGUGAAUAUGGAAUUUUUUUUUUUUGUACAGAUUGAAAAUAAAGUUUAAAAUUCG